AUGCGAGGUGAGUAUAAUGGCCUUAAAGCACUUAUUUUGAAAAAAAACCCAAGUGUUUACUACAUUCAUUGUUUUGCUCAUCAACUUCAACUAGCUCUUGUAGCUGUAGCACAGAAACAUCCAAAGAUUGAAAAGUUCUUUACUACAGUACACAAAUUGGUGAAUAUUCUUGGGGGAUCAGCUAAACGGAGUGAUCUUAUUCGAGUGAACCAAAGAUUGAAAAUUCUUGAAUCACUCAGUGUUGUCAACAUUAUAGAGAUGAUUGCUACUGACACUACAAGUACCAGAACAAGAAGUGAUGCAUGUCGUUUACGGCGUGAGACAGUGACAAAUUUGCAUCAUUUUCGGGUGGAAAUGUUUUAUGCCGUCAUUGAUAUGCAACUUCAAGAGUUUAAUGAUCGUUUUUUUGAGGUAAACAGUAACUUGCUCCUUUGUGUUGCGUGUUUGUCUCCAAAUAAUUCAUUUGCUGCUUUUGACAAGACAAACGUGCUGCGACUAUGUCAGUAUUAUCCGAUAGAUUUUGAUUCAGUAGAUAUCUCCAAACUUGAUGAUUAA